GUCGUGUUGGGCAGCGGAAAUGCAGCCUGCAGCGCUGCGCUCUCGGCCGCCGAGACGCUUUCCUCUGCCUCUUCCUCCCACUCUGGCGGCGGCGGCGGCGGCGGCGUACUGAUGCUGGAAAAGGCUCCGGAAGAACAGAAGGGCGGCAACACCUUCUACACGGCGGGUGCCUAUCGGUGCGCGAUCCCUUCACCUGCACUCGACAGCCUCCUCUCCAUCCCGGUGCACAACGUCGCCGAGUCUGUCCAGCCCGAGUCGGAUCGCGAGCCGCUCUACGGGGCAGGCGACUUUAGAGCAGACAUGGAGCGGGUGACGAAAGGAGAGUGCGACGAGGGCUUGACGACGGCCCUUGUCGAGGGCAGCUGGGAUGCCGUCAGGUGGUUGAGCCAGAGGCACGGCGUUCGGUUCCGACUGAGCUACGAGAGGCAGGCGUACAGCGUCGAGGGAAAGUUUCGCUUCUGGGGCGGUCUCUUCCUUUCGACGCAGGGCGGCGGUAAAGGCCUGGUGGAGCAGCAGCAUGCCUCUGUGCGAAGAAACGGCAUCCGGGUGCUAUACAAUGUCCAUGUCACGGGGCUGGUCACACGCUUUGAUGGAACAGCCGUCGAGGGCGUCGAUGUCUGCCUGGCAGACGGCCGUCGAGGCUGGAUAGAGGCCACGGGCGGUGUCGUCCUCGCCUGUGGCGGCUUCGAGAGCGACCGUGACAAGCGCGCGCGUCACCUCGGGCCCUCCUGGUUGGCGGCUCACGUUCGGGGCACACCGCACAACACGGGCGACUUUCUCUCCCUCGUGGAGCCAGUACGGGCCAAGCUGUCGGGAGAAGCAAGCUUCGGCGGGUGCCAUGCCACAUGCUGGGACGCCCUGACGGAUGCAGACAUCGGUGAUGCCAAUCUGACGAACCAAUUCACAAAGUCGGGCUAUCCAUUGGGCAUCAUUGUCAACCGCCAAGGCCGCCGCUUCGUCGACGAGGGCGAAGACAUGCGAAACUACACGUACGCAAAGAUCGGCAAAGCCAUCCUCGAUCAGCCCAGGAGCAUUGGAAUCCAGAUCUACGACUCAAAGACGAUUCCGCUCCUCCGCCGCGAAGAGUAUGCGUCCGGCAUCGUCAAGCGGCCCAUAGAGGCGGAUACGCUCGAGGAGCUGGCUAAGCGGCUCAAAUUGCAAGAUGCAGAGGCUGAAGCAGCAUUUCUGGAAGAAAUUCACAACUUCAAUGCUGCAGUGCGCAGCUUCGAGAGGGACAAUGGCGACAGGAAGUUUGAUCCAAGCGUCAGGGACGGCAGAGGGACAGCGGAGCUGCCCAUACCCAAGAGCAAUUGGGCUCAACAAAUCAACAAGGGCCCCUUCCUGGCCGUUGAAACGACGUGCGGCAUCACGUUUACCUUUGGUGGACUCAGUAUCGACCCCAUGACGGCUUCUGUUCUCUCCGCCAAAGAUGAGGGAGCGAGCAUAGAGGGCCUGUAUGCCGCGGGCGAGUGCACCGGAGGGCUCUUCUACCACAAUUACCCUGGUGGAUCUGGCCUGACGAGCGGAACCGUCUUUGGGCGGAAAGCCGGGAGAAGCGCAGCGCUUGCGGCGCUAGAAAAGCAAUGAAGCAACGAGAGGGGGGCGGCAACGGGCUUGUACGCAAUGUCAUGCUGAGGGGAACUAAUCGACUAGAGGCUAAUGCUACACAGGAU